CCCCAAACAAAGCCCAAAAUCGAAGAGAGAGAGAGAGAGAGAAAAGCGCACACGCAAAUGUACUUUUAGAGAGAGAAAGUGACCUGAAGGAAACCAGAGACCAGAGUCUCACCACCAGCAGACACACAGUCAAGAGAGAGGAGAGAGAGAAAGAGAACCCUCAAAAAGUAAUCUAAACAGUGAACACCAUUCCCUCCUCUCUCUCUAAUUUAUUCCCUUUCUCUCUCUAGGAAAAAAACAAUCUUGACCCCAUUCGAUCGGACCCCUAUCCCCAUUACUUCCACCACUCCACCGUCCCAUAAACUUCACUGUACAUACUCGCACAUACACAUAUCUAUACACACACAUAUAUAGAGAGAGAGAUUGUGGGUGUAAGUAUAUAUAGUCCGUACAAUGGAGAGGUACGGCCGGAGACCGGCAAUGGAAGGGUCACAGCCCGAUCCAACGGCGGAAUGGGGCGGGACCGGGCUCGAAGAGCCUAUGUGGCAGCUGGGUUUGGGCGGCGGCGGGUCGGAGUCGUACCCGGAGCGACCCGACGAGCCAGACUGUAUAUAUUAUCUGAGGACCGGGUUUUGCGGGUACGGGUCGAGGUGUCGGUUCAAUCACCCCCGCGACCGGAGCUCGGUUGUUGGAGCUAUUAGACCUGGCGGUGGGGAGUUUCCAGAGCGUGUUGGUCAGCCUGUGUGUCAGUAUUAUAUGAGGACUGGAAUGUGUAAAUUUGGUGCAUCUUGCAAGUAUCACCAUCCAAGACAGGGAGUUGGAUCUGCUAUCCCUGUUGCACUGAAUAUUGCUGGAUACCCAUUUCGACCGGGUGAGAAAGAGUGUUCAUACUACUUGAAAACGGGGCAGUGCAAAUUUGGAGUAACCUGUAAAUUCCAUCAUCCACAACCAGCUGGCAUCCAAGUUCCGGCACCAACUGCUGGACCAUUGCCUGUUCCGCCACCUGUCCCUGCUCCAGCAUACCCCGCAAUACACUCUCCUUCUGCUCCGUCACCUCCACAAUAUGGAGUGGUGGCUGCAAAUUGGCCAGUUGCAAGGCCUGCUCUUUUUCCAGGUUCCUAUCUCCAAGGGCCAUAUAGUCCAAUGGUGCUUUCUCCGGGGAUGGUUCCCUUUUCUGGUUGGAAUCCUUACCAAACACCUGGAACUCCAGCAGCCUCUCCUAGUGCUCAGUCCACUGUGGGGACAACUCCUGUUUAUGGAUUAACGCAGUUAUCUCCUUCAGCACCUGCAUAUACGGGAGCUUAUUUACCCCUGCCUUCUUUUGCUGGUCCUUCAAGCAGUAGCCAGAAGGAGCACAUGUUUCCAGAAAGACCCGGCCAACCUGAAUGUCAAUAUUAUAUGAAAACUGGUGAAUGCAAAUUUGGAUCAUCAUGUAGAUACCAUCAUCCAGCAGAAUGGAGUCCUCCGAAAACGAUUUUUGCCCUUAGUCCAAUGGGCCUUCCCCUACGUCCGGGUGCACCACUUUGCACGCACUACGCUCAAAAUGGAGUAUGCAAAUUUGGUCCCUCGUGCAAAUUCGAUCAUCCUAUGGGAACACUGAGUUACAGUCCCUCUGCAUCUUCUCUUGCUGACAUGCCCGUUGCUCCUUACCCCGUGGGGUCUGCUAUGGGUACUCUGGCUCCAUCAUCCUCGUCAUCAGAGUUGAGGCCCGAACUCAUUUCGGGGUCUACCAAGGACACACUCUCAACCAGGAUGUCUUCUUCUAUGAGCACUUCUAGUGGAUCAGUUGGUUCAAUUUACUCAAAGAGUGGGCCCGCCUCUUACCCGAGUGUCGAGCAUUCUGGUGAGCCUUCAACCCCUUCAAAUUCAAGCUGAGAAGAAUCGCUAGCAAAUCUCUGUUUUUCCUCUCCAAAUUUCAUGAACCACACUAUUUUUUUGGACUUGGUCUCUAAUACGAGGCUUGUUUUGGUUCCACGAUUCAGAUCUAGCACACCGUAGUUCUGAUCAUCUAUUUAUUUAUAUAGACCUUAAUAUGGCCUCCUCCUCUUUGUCUUUGAAUAAAUGAGAGAUACCCAACUUCAAAAAUCCAGUAAAUCAUAUACCUAUCCUACACUUCUUCCAAAUAAUCGAGGAAAAAUAGGUAGACUUUUGUUGGUCAAACUUGCACCAUCUGUCUCCAAUUUUGGGGUUUGUUGUUGUGUUUAUUAAUUCGGCAGUCUUUUUCGGAACGGAAAAGAACAGGCCGACACCCCUUCUUCCAGAUCUACUGUUUGUUUGUCCAUCUUUUUUACCUCUCCAAUAUCUGCGAACAAGGAUUGGGAGGUGUUCUUGUUUCCCCCUUUCCGUCUGGGGCUUCAUAGUAGUGGAAGAGGCACUGCUUCAAAGACUCCAAGCAAGGCAUUGCAGGGCUUCCUUGUAUGGGGUAUAAGAUACAUACAUAUAUUGUAAGAACUUAAGUUCCUGAGGAUUUCAUUUAUUUCCUGAUACGAAAAGGGUACGAAGGAAAACCCGAGACUUUGUAUAAAUAAGAUCUGUCCUGUUUUAUCCAUUGUUUAUGAUACUGCUGACUACGAUAUUGCUUCUUGAGCUUUUACUUUCA